AUGAGUCGAGUGUGCAUACUAUUGCUCGUAUUAUUAAAGUUUCUACCUGUAUUUGGAUAUCCGGGUGAAACUAUAAUGUUAAUGCCGCCAUUCGAAGUUCGAACUGUGGAUAAGUAUCCAGUUUCGUCACAGUUUUCUACUAGCAGAAAUUCACAGCGACCACAACAGAAAAUUUUACAUACCAAUGGUGAUCCCCCGUUAUCAACAUCCACGUAUAAUAACCCAAAUCACGAAACCAGCUUCCAUGACUAUAUUGAGGAUUUUAAUACCAUACAAGCACAUACAAAAGAACGAGAGGCGUUACAAUUUCGUGCGGACAACAUGGAACGUAACAGCAAUGAUUCUGCGUAUCGGGCGUAUCCCGGUCCAUACCCACUGCUAAAUUCACCAGGAUAUGGAUCUACUCAAGAUUACCGGAAACCGACAUCUGCCCCAAUAGCGCCAGAAGCACUAAUACCCAAAGCUGCGUCGGUGAAACUUGGUCUUCCCACGCUUUUAAAGCCAGUGUCCACAAAAAUGACAAGCAAAGUGAGUGGUUUGUUAAACUUAAUUCUUGCUUUAUUCUCCGGAUCUUCGACAGAUGGCCUCGAAAUGAACGGUUUAACAGAUCUCGUUAUAAAUGGAAUAGUGAAACCGCUUUUAGUAGCUAAAGGAGGUAUAAAAUCUCUUAUGAGUAAACUAACUAUACCUCUUAUAUCGUUAUUUUUAAUAAAUCUGGAAGUAUUGGUAACCAUUUGGUGGUUGUGGGAGGACUGCGACACACCAAAACCUUCUGCUCCAAUUCGCCCGUAUCAAAAACCUUCUUAUAACUACAAUACUUACAGUUCGUACUGA